AUCGAUUUUUCUAUUCGUUUAUUUUUCAUGAAGGACAUUUGAUUAACUGUGUUGUUGUUUUUACUCUAUUUUUCCAGUGAUUUAAUUACAAUUAAUUAACUAAUAUGGAAGAAAAAUUUGACAAUAUGAAGGAACAUUCCUUCAAAAAGGAGGAAUACCAUAUUGGACCAUUUGGUCGAGUCCGAAGUGACUAUCUUAGUUCUCCUGUUCAAUCGCUAUCCAAUUUUGCUUUUAACCUUUUUGAUGUCCCAGCAACUUGGAUACAUGAUAAAAUUGUCGUGCCAAAUAGAAAGCAAAGUGUCUACUAUCAUUAUAAAUUUCCCCGAGUUCCAACAGUUGAUGAGUGUUAUGUUGAUGAUUACGCUUGUCUCUGGGAAGCAGAUCAACAAUACAAGAGAGACAGGAAAGUGGAAAAAAAUAUAAUCAAAAUUUUAGUUAAAGGAAGAUUUGAUGAGUGUAUGGCCACUUAUGGUGGUGUCGAUUCCACUGCCAGAGCUUGGUGUGAACACCUUUUGGAAGACCGGGACAAAGCAGAAACAAAUUAUAUGAUAAAAUAUGGUGAACUCCGUAUGGAUGGAACAGCAGCUUUGAAUCUCAUGGAGAAUAGAACAAGAUCAGCUGAUGUUUACCUCAAACAAAAACAUCGAUAUGUUUGGGAAAGGAAACAACAAUUGAAAAAGGAAAAGGAAGAAAAUGAAGCAAAAGAAUCAAAAGAAUCAAAAGAAUCAGUUUGAGGA